CGGAAGUGUUGACAGUCCUGGACCCCUGACGUGUCAAAUCGCCAUUUUUACAUCCUGAGGAAGGAAACGCCUUGGAGAAAGAAGGAAAAUAUCAACUUUGGUUUUUUGAUUUUUCUAAACCUAAAGUAGGUUACCAUCACGAGCUGCCAUGGGGAACUUUUUCGCAAUGCUCUUCAAUAUUAAGAAGGACAUGAGGAUCCUCAUGGUGGGUUUGGAUGCCGCUGGAAAGACAACAAUUUUGUACAAGCUUAAACUAGGAGAGAUUGUGACUACGAUUCCCACGAUAGGUUUUAAUGUUGAGACAGUAGAGUACAAGAACAUCAGUUUCACUGUAUGGGAUGUCGGCGGGCAAGACAAAAUCCGACCGCUUUGGCGUCACUACUUCCAGAACACACAAGGUCUCAUCUUUGUUGUGGACAGCAACGACAGAGAGCGAAUUGCUGAGGCUCGUGAAGAGCUCAUGAGAAUGUUGGCAGAGGAUGAGCUCCGUGAUGCUGUGCUAUUAGUAUUUGCCAACAAACAGGACCUUCCGAAUGCCAUGAAUGCAGCAGAACUCACAGACAAGAUGGGGCUUCACUCCCUACGUGACAAAAACUGGUACAUCCAGGCAACCUGUGCCACCAGCGGGCAGGGCCUCUACGAAGGACUGGACUGGUUGUCUAGUCAGCUCAAGAACCGUUAAUAUCACCUGCUAUCCAAAACUAGUCCACUCCAGACCCUGGUCUGUCCUCUUAGUUGCGUGCUCCAGAGGUACUUCACCAACAAAUAUGGCAAAGGAGGGGUUGAUUUAUUCUUGUAAAGAUAAAGAUUUUUUUUUAUUAUUAUUGAAAUGUAAAUAUAAGUAUAUUUGGUAAUUUAGUAGCUUGUUACACCCUCUCAAAUCAUACAGUUUAUGUCUCUUUCUUCAGCCGUAUGUGCUUUGAAAAUGAAAAUGGAGGACAGGAAUUAGAAUUUACUAACCAUUUUUUAUAAUGCAGGGCUUAUUGGUGUAUAAAAAACAAACUUUAGCCGUUUUCACAGAUGCACUCCGGAUAAUAUCUAGAUAAUUACAGGAGGACUUCUCCGGAGAUUCUCCCACCCUAGCUGUUCACGCUUCUCACAGCGGGGGACUAUCCCUGUCAGAGGGGAGGGGGGAUCAGGCGAAAAAUGCAGCUGUUUGCAUUCACAUAUAGCCUAAAGCCCCUCCGGGUAGCCUAAUCUCCGGAGUUUUUCAGGAGAUUUCCAUAUGUGUGAAAAUGGUGAGCACUGAUGCACUGCUUGCUUCUACUGUAGUUACUUUAAACAGUGAGUACAUUUUCUAGCUCACCAAAUUACCAUUAAGUAAACACUGGUUUGAACUCUUUUUUUUUUUCUUCCAUUCUUAAGUAAAUCUGUCUACUGUCCUCGAACACUUACCAGCCUUUGUCGUACAGUAUGUUUGCCUUUAUGGAGAUAUGCUGCAAUAAUCUCAUGUCUACCUGCUUUAUGGGUGUUUUAAAGGUAGUCUGCUGAGUCAGCAUUGGACUUUUAUAUUUGACAAGACUCAGGAUUAUCAGAUGUUGCCUUUGUAAUACACUUGUUGGAAUGAUGUGGUCUUUAAGGAAAUGCAUAUCAACAUGGUGUUUACAUCAUUAGGCUGCACUGAAACCACUACUCUACUGAGAACUCACUUCAACACUCCCCAUUAUGUAGCUUGUGUCAGGUUGUUUAGCCUUAACACUACAAUGACCAUAUUGUCUUUGCCAAAGGCUUUAACUAACAGAUUAUGCAUUGUGUCAUUGAAAAGUUUAAAGCUGUUUUUUUAUUUUUUUUUAUCGUAAUACAAACAAAAUGUCAUCUAAGUGUUAAAUAUGGUGUCAGUUUCUUCCUGUGCCGCUCAUGUCCUUUGGGUCAACAGGGGGACACACAGUUGCCUUCUCAUACAAACCACGUGAUGUCAUUUAUUUACAAACAAGGUAUGGGUGUGUGUGUUUGUUUUUUUUACCGCUCUGAAGAUGUCUUGGGGAUGCAUUUAACAAUGUUCUAAACUGCCUUAAUAUUUGAAAACUAUGUUAAUCUCAAAUGUUUGUUUUCUAUUUAAAGUUUUUUUUUCAAGGGAAAAUCACUAAUUAAAAUAUCGGGAUGAAAAAAUGUU